AUGGGCAUUGCUAGUCCUUUUCGGCAGCUGCUGCUUAGUCACCCCAACAUAAUUAACCCCCAGUUUCGCAGUGGUGAGGUUCAACAUGAUGUUGUGCACCAUAUCCGCACCUCAGGCCCUCCCGUGUUUGCUCGACCGAGACGAAUAGCACCGGAGCAUUUUCAGACCGCGAAGGCGGAGUUUGAACACAUGCUGCAACUGGGAGUAAUUCGACCGUCCGAAAGCCCUUGGGCGUCUCCACUGCACAUGGUGCCCAAGGCGACAUCAGGCGACUGGCGACCCUGUGGCGACUAUCGUGCCCUCAACAACGCUACCAUUCCUGAUCGGUACCCCGUGCCUCAUCUUCAGGACUUUGCUGGAGCCCUUUUCGGCAAAGCGGUCUUCCCGAAGAUUGAUCUGGUGCGUGCUUUUCAUCAGAUUCCAGUCGCCCCUGAGGACAUCCUUAAAACCGCCGUCACCACACCCUUCGGCCUCUUUAAGUUCGUCCGCAUGCCGUUUGGUCUACGUAAUGCCGCCUAAACGCUCCAGAGGUUCAUCAACCAUGUCUUACGCGGCCUACCCUUUGUGCACGCCUACAUUGAUGACCUCUUGGUUGCCAGCCGGAAUGAGGAAGAACACAAAGAGCAUCUUGCCUUGGUGUUUGACCGUCUUGACAAGUUUGGCGUUGUCAUCAACCCCUCCAAGUGCGUGUUGGGUGUGCCUUCACUCGAGUUCCUUGGCCAUCAGGUCGACUCUGAAGGUUUGCGUCCCCUCCCCUCCAAAGUUGAAUCAGUUCGUAAUUUUCCUCCUCCAACUUCCAAGCGUCAGUUACAGCGAUUCCUCGGCAUGGUCAAUUUUUACCGUCGGUUCCUACCGAACUGUACUGACCUCAUGUUGCCGCUCACCAACAUGCUUUCUGGUACCAAAGGUCCCCUCGAGCUAGCUGAUGAAGCACUGAUUGCUUUUGAGAGAAUCAGAAUUCCCUUGCCGAUGCCACCUUACUCACACAUCCGCUCCCGAAGCUCAGCUGCCUCUGAUGGUAGAUGCUUCGACCGUAGCCGUAGGUGCAGUCCUUCAACAACACCUUCCUGGUUCGACUCAACCACUUGCCUUUUUCUCCAAAAAGCUCUUAGCAGCUGAGACACGCUACAGUACCUUUGGCGUGAACUACUUGCCAUUUACCUGGCUGUGAAGCAUUCCCGGAAUUUCCUUGAAGGUCGUGACUUCACUGUUUUCACUGACCACAAACCGUUGACUUUUGCACUUCGUUCCCACUCCGACAAAUACAAUCCGAGGGAAAUCGCCCACCUGGACUACAUCUCCCGAUUCACCACCAACAUCCGCCACAUUGAUGGCACGAAGAAUGAGGUGGCUGAUAUGCUGUCCAGACCCUCACUGUCUUCCCUCAAACUCUCACACGGGAUCAAUCUUUGUGCCAUGGCGGCUGAGCAACAGCGAGUCGGUUGUCCUGGUGACGAGUCUGUUAGUGGUCUCCAACUCAAAGACGUUCCUCUGACCACCGGCUCUGGUACCAUACUUUGUGACGUCUCAACUCCCUUUUAUCGCCCUUUUGCGCCCGCCUCGAUGCGUCCAGCUGUAUUUCAAACUCUGCAUGGACUCUCCCACCCCGGGAUCCGAGCCUCUCAAAAGCUCCUUGCGGAAAGGUUUGUCUGGCCUGGCAUGAACAAGAACGUCAAGGCUUGGGCCCGGUCGUGUCUGAUCUGCCAGCGCAACAAGGUGCAGCGUCACAACAAGUCCUCACCUGGCACUUUCCCCAGUCCCGACGCACGGUUCAGCCAUGUGCACCUGGAUGUCGUAGGACCCUUGCCUCCAUCCAAUGGUUUCACUCACCUCCUUACCUGUGUCGAUCGAUAUACCCGCUAGGCUGAAGCUAUUCCUUUGCCGAAUGUGGAGGCUGAAACCAUCGUGAAGGCCUUCGUCAGCCGUUGGGUCGCCAUGUUCUAUGCCCCAUCCACGGUUACGACUGAUCGUGGUGCCCAGUUUGAGUCGGCACUCUUCCAAACGCUACUCAAUUUUCUUGGCUGCACACGCAUUUGGAUGACAGCCUACCACCCAGUUGCCAACGGUAUGGUGGAACGUUUCCAUCGCCGGCUAAAGACUGCCCUGCGUGCCGUAGAAGACCCAGGGCACUGGUCGGACAACCUUCCUCUUGCACUCCUCGGCAUCCGAGCAGCUCUGAAGUCGGAUCUCGGCUGUAGCGCAGCUGAAUUGGUUUUCGGCACUACCCUCCGACUGUCAGGCGAGAUGAUCACUCCAAACUCUCGUGGGACCGACAAGACUCCUGACAACCUUGUGCGUCGUUUGCGGCAAUUUAUGCGCUUGCUUUCCCCGGUUCCAUCUCGAGCUCCAAUGACUGAGUCUUAUGUCGAAAAAGACUUGGACAAGUGUACUCACGUGUUCAUCCGGUGUGACCGUGUGCGCCAGCCGCUGGAAUCACCAUACGAAGGACCGUUCCGCGUGCUCGCGCGCAACACCAAAACCUUCCGGAUACUUCGCAGUGACAAGGAGGACGUGGUCAGUGUCGAUCGGGUCGAGGCUGCUGUUGCAGAGGAGCCGCCGGGCCGGUCACUAGGACAAGAAUGUGCUGACCCCACAACCCCUGUUCGUCCAUCUUCCCUAGCCCCUGCUCAUUCACCCUGCCCACUGCCUUGCCCUUCCCCUCCCUUGCCCUCCACCUCUUCGUCCCGCAUACUUCCUUUCCCUACUUCUCUACAGCAUCCAACUGCAACAUCAUCCUCCACCAUAGCACGUAGUCAACCCUCUUCGACUGUACCUCCUGCCUUCAUCACCCGCAGUGGCCGUCACGUUCAUUUUCGCGAUUGUUUAGCUACGCAUUUUUUCUAG